AUGCUGCAGCGUCGAAGGUUACGAUGCUGGCUGGUGGCUUUUGGUGGUACCUUAGCUUGCUGGGUGGCGUUGGCGGCGGACCCUUCGCUUCAGCAAGCGGAGCAUCCCUUCAGGAAUCUCGCAGCCUGGCUGCGGGAGGCAUCCCCCGACAUGAGGUCAGCAGAACCCAAGGCUAUUUCUAGAGGCAUCACCGUUCUGAGCAACUCCCAGAGCUACGUCAAGUCGUUCGACGGCAUGGCGUACGAGCUCAAGGGAAAGAUCAAGGAGACCGGGAGCACCGCAGACAUCGAAAAGCUAACGGGACAGGCGGAGCUGUACGAGAGCGCGUCGAGCGUGAAGAAGGCGAACAAGCUGGUGAGGCUCCUGAUCGAGGUGGAACGCGCCCUGAACUCCGCCGAGGCGGCCGAGAUCGCGUCGCAGUCGGACCCCAGCCGCGCGGCGCAGUACAUGAAGGAUGCGGGGCUACGAUUUCUGCCCGACCCGCCGCCGCCGCCGCCGCCGCCGCCGCCACCGUCGGAGGAGGAUAGCAGCGCCAACUCUACCGUUGCCGCCGGCACCCAGGGGGAAAAGGACGGUGGUGCGGCAAACGGGCCUACGAGAGUCUCUCCUCCACGCCGCCCGCGAGAGAAAUCGAGCCCAAGACUAGAUGAGACGGCGGCGAGGAGACGACGAGCCGCCGCCAGCGCUUCCGCUGGUGGCGGUUCUGCGACAGGUUCCUCCUCUUCUUCCGCAGCAGCAGAAGGUCCAGGCGUUAGCGGUGGCGGCGACGGCAGCGGCCAGAGGAAGAAGAAGAAGAAGAAGAAGACACGGGCAAGAAGUAAAGAAGGAGGGGUCGCCGGCGCCGCCGCGGCGGGCGUGGCGGCAGCAGCCGGAGGAGAACCGCUGGAGGCAUUCGUGGUCAACGUUGCCGGGUGCGAGGUGCGGUGUUUCCUGAUGCUGGACGAGCGGGGCGGGGAGGAAGGGGAGGGGCGGCUGGUGGUGGCGGUGGGCGACUCGCUCACGGGAGAAGCCCUCCUCGAGAGUCUGUUCGAGGAGCCCGCGGUGGUGCAGCUCGCGUCCCACGGACUCAUGCGCGAGACGGCGUACGUGAACAGGGUGGCGUUUCAGUGCGCGUGCGACAUCUUGGAGUGGGCCGGGCCUUUCAUCAAGGCGUCGGUCGAGCCGGGGGGAGCAUUCGAAGGCUACCGCGUCCACUGCGCGGGGCACUCGUUCGGGGGAGCCGUGGCGGCCUGCCUGGCGGGCCUGCUGGACGGCGCGAUCGACGUGGAGCCAUCCGGGAAGGGAGGAGGAGGAGGAGGAGGAGGAGGCGCAGCAGCGGGGUCAGCAUCAGCGGGGCAGAGGAACGGUGCAGGUUCGGGAGGGGAGAGCUCCAGAGAUCGGCGAAGCGCAGGCGGCGGCGGAAGGUCGCCGGCUUCUUCCUCGGACGAGGAGUCGAGCGAGGAGGGCGGCGGCGGCGGCGCGGUACGGGUCGACGGGGCAGAACCGUGGGUCGGCAUCCGUCGGGACGGGGUGACGUGUGUGACCCUAGGGUGCCCCCCGUGCCUGUCGCAGAAUCUGCGUCUCCCCUUCGUGACGUCGUUCGUGCUGGGGGACGACAUGGUCCCCAGGACCAGCCACGAGUCCCUGCGGCGGCUCAAGCGCAGGUUGCUGCAGGUGAUGCCGAAGGGGAAGGGUUUGCUAUCGCAGGGAGUGGCGUUCAGCACGAGCCUCUUCACGGACGUGGCAGGGGUGGCGAUGCAGGGGGUCCGGCAGGCCACGACGCUGGGGGAGGACGACGCCCGGCUGACAGUGCCUGGUCGGGUGUGGUUCGCCAAGCCCAGGCGGCUCAAGAACGGAGCGACGCUGAAGCGGGUGAUGCGGGGCAACGUCAAGGAGGACAUGCUCUGGCAGCUCCACGACAUCAUGCUUACCAAGAGCAUGCUCUCGCACCACCGACUCGACAAGUACAUCAAGAUCCUCGACAGAGUCUGA